UUUCCUGGUGUCUUAGGGGCAACAUGGCGACAGUGCAGAUUGUUGGCUCCGUGCUGCGCGAGCCGACGCGAGAGGCAGCGAGGGAGCCACCCCCUGAACCUGGGAACGGGUUCCGCCGCCUGUCGGCCAGGCUCCGCGCCCUGCAUCCGGACGACAGCAGCUCCGCCCGCACAGAGAUCCACCUGCUCUUCGACCAGCUCAUCUCCGAGAACUACAGCGAGGGCGACGGCGUGGCCCCGGAGGAUGUCAGUGCUCUUCUUGUCCACGCUUGCCGACUGGUGCCUCUUAAUCAGAAUCAUCUUGUCAGCAAAGUGUCUCAACUUAUUCACCAUUUACUUAACAGACUACAGGUGAUUGUUGAUGAACAGAACCUGGAUUUCCUGUUGGCAUAUACUAUCUCUGCUAUUCAGCAGUGUAGUCCCUGGACGCACAUGGCAAUUCUUCAAGCCCUGGCGGCUCUGGUUUACUGCAAUGGCUCAAAAUGUCAAAAGUACCUCCCAGACUUGGUAGGCAAGACUGGACUCUUGAUAAAGUUGAGUGACCCGGCACAGUCUGACCCGGAAGUGAGGAGGGCAGCAGUGCAUUGUAUGGCAAACUUAUGUCUCAGUGUGCCAGGACAUCCCUACCUGGAUGAGCCCUACCAAAGCAUCUGCUUCCAAACUUUCUUGACCACUUUACAGUCUCCAAAGUUGUCUGACAUGGAUGAUAUCACAUUUUGCAUGUUGUUACAAAAUGCAUUAAAAGGUAUACAGUCACUUCUAAAUAGUGGGAAGAUGAAACUGACACAAACUGAAGAACUUGGAGCUCUUCUAGCUGUGCUAAAGAAAGCCAUGUUUCAUGGGCUCCCUGGACUAAAUAUAGAGAUACCUACAGUGUUAUACCCAACCCCGCUUCCUCAGUAUGAUGGGCCACCGCCCUCCAGACCGCAGCCAUCGGAAUCCUGUGCUUCUCGGCCACCUGUGAAUAAGAAGAAAAAAGCUAAAGUAAAACCAAAGAAAACCCAAGAAGGAGAGGAAGAGGACGAAGAAGCCAAUGGUGAAAUAGAAGCAGCGCCAACCACGGGCCGAGUGCACCUGCAUAAAGGGAACACUCAGUGUCGCUCCUCCCCGGGUGUCCAGAGCUUGCCAUUAGAUGGAAGUGGAGCUGCGGGAAAAGAUCGAGUCUCCUCUCCCUGCAGUUCUUCCAGCUGGAAAAGGGUCAGCAGUAGUGAGUCAGACUAUUCUGAUGCUGAAGGAGGCAUGCAGAGUAAAAUGAGGUCUUACCAAGCCAAAGUUCGUCAAGGAGCAUUAGCUUGUUUUCUUUCUACUAUAAAAUCAAUAGAAAAAAAAGUUCUUUAUGGCUACUGGUCUGCCUUUGUUCCUGAUACACCCGAACUCGGAAGCCCACAGUCUGUGUCCUUGAUGACUCUUACAUUAAAAGAUCCUUCUCCAAAGACGCGUGCCUGUGCUCUGCAAGUUUUAUCUGCCAUCUUGGAAGGCUCAAAGCAGUUUCUUUGUGUUGCCGAAGACACCAGUGCCCACAGGAGGGCCUUUACUCCGCUCUCCGUAAUGAUCGCUUCCAGCAUUAGAGAGUUACACAGAUGUCUUUUGUUAGCUUUGGUGGCAGAGUCAUCGUCGCAGACCCUUACUCAGAUAAUUAAGUGUCUUGCAAAUUUAGUAUCAAACGCACCUUACAACCGUCUGAAGCUCAGCCUACUGACCAAAGUCUGGAACCAGAUAAAGCCUUAUAUCCGCCACAAAGAUGUAAAUGUUCGUGUGUCAAGCCUCACGCUCUUGGGAGCCAUAGUGUCUACUCAUGCACCUUUACCUGAAGUUCAGCUGCUUUUACAACAGCCGUGUUCUUCUGGACUCAGUAAUAGCAGUUCAGCAACUCCACAUCCGAGCCUUCCUGAUUGGUGGAAGAAAGCCCCCUCAGGAACCUCUCAAGAAGAAACCACAGUUAACUCACCAAGGGGGUCUUCAGAGCCCUGCUGGCUCAUUCGACUUUGCAUUUCCAUUGUUGUAUUGCCCAAGGAGGAUUCCUGUUCAGGUAGUGAGGCUGGCUCUGCAGCAGGAAGUACCUAUGAACCGUCCCCCAUGCGACUGGAGGCCUUACAGGUGUUGGCUCAUCUGGCAAGGGGCUACUUUUCAAUGGCUCAGGUCUACUUGAUGGAGCUUGGAGAGGUGAUUUGCAAGUGCAUGGGGGAAGCAGAUCCAUCCAUUCAGCUUCACGGAGCAAAGCUUCUGGAAGAAUUGGGUACAGGCUUAAUACAACAGUACAAACCAGAUUCUACCAUAGCACCUGAUCAGAGAGUGCCAGUCCUUUUAGUGGUGACAUUCUGGACUAUGAUGCUGAACGGCCCUUUACCCAGAGCGCUCCAGAAUUCUGAACAUCCGACUCUUCAGGCGAGCGCCUGUGAUGCCCUGUCGUCCAUCUUGCCAGAGGCCUUCAGCAUUCUGCCGAAUGACAGGCAGAUCCUAUGCAUCACGAUGUUGCUUGGGCUGAAUGACAAUAAGAACCGUUUGGUGAAAGCUGCAACAUCCCGGGCCCUUGGAGUCUACGUGCUUUUUCCUUGUCUCAGACAGGACGUCGUAUUUGUUGCAGACACUGCAAAUGCAGUGCUGAGGUCACUUCAAGACAAGUCUCCGAACGUCCGGGCCAAAGCAGCCUGGUCCCUGGGGAAUCUGACGGACGCUCUGAUUAUCAACAUGGAAACACCAGACCCAAGUUUCCAGGAAGAGUUCUCUGGCCUCCUGCUCUUGAAAAUGUUGCGAUCAGCUAUAGAAGCAUCCAAGGAUAAAGACAAGGUAAAGAGUAAUGCAGUCCGGGCCCUUGGAAAUUUGCUUCAUUUUCUGCAGCCAUCUCAUAUAGAAAAACCCAGAUUUACUGAAAUCAUCGAGGAGUCUAUCCAGGCCCUAAUUUCUACUGUUCUAGUUGAGGCUGCCAUGAAAGUCCGAUGGAAUGCUUGUUAUGCGUUGGGAAAUGUAUUUAAAAAUCCUGCUCUUCCGUUAGGAUCAGCCUCGUGGACCUCCCGGGCCUACAGUGCACUCACAUCGGUUGUGACGACAUGCAAGAACUUCAAAGUGCGCAUCAAAUCUGCCACUGCCCUUUCCAUCCCAGGCAAGCGAGAGCAGUAUGGGUCCACUGAGCAGUACACACAGAUCUGGAAUGCACUGGUCACAGCCUUACAGAAGAGCCAAGACACCACAGACUUUUUGGAAUUCAAGUAUUGUGCCAGCCUACGGACCCAAAUCUGCCAGGCUCUGAUUCACCUCUUGAGCUUGGCCAGCGCCUCAGACCUGCCCUGCAUCAAAGAAGCCCUUGAACAGAAUGGGGACAUGAUCCAGUCCUAUAUCCUACAGUUUUUAAAAUCAGGAGCUGAAGGAGAUGACACCGGGACACCCCACAGCCCGCAGGAAAGAGACCAAAUGGUAAAGGCGGCCCUGGAGCACAUAGGCAGCGUCCAGGCACUGGCUGGAGACACAGCCAAAAGGGCCAUCAUGGGCUACUUAGAAGAUAUCCUGACUGUUUAUUUAGACUCAGCUGGAUCACAAGUGGCACUCCUUGGGUUAACAGAUCGCUGAGCAUUUCACCAUACUUUCUGGAUGUCCAGUGUGGUACUAGGAAGACCCGCACUCAGGCACCUGAUAUGUGGGCUCUAAUCUUAGGGGCAGAAAAACAGUCCACCCAAUAUUCAUUUAGAAUGAGUUAGCCGCUAUUUAAAGGUUUCUCAAAGGGCUCAGCCACUUACGAAAGUGGUUCCCCUGCUUUGGCCGUGUUCUGGUUGGUUGGGACCUCUGACCCGUGCCACCAGCUGCUAAGGAGCCAGGUUGUAGUGUAGACCAAGCAGAUGUGGGGAGAGGGGCUGGGAAGAGUAUUUAGUCUCAGAAAAAAAAAUCGAUAGAAUAUCUGCCAGUUUGUCAUACUGUGGUGGCUUGUGUGUUGAUGUAAUGCUGGAAGUUAUGCCACCAGUAUUUCAAGUAUCAGCAGGGUUACCCAUGGUGGAUAGGUUUCAGCCGAGUUUCAAGACUUAAGAGACUAGAAAGAAAGGCCUGGCAAUUUACUUCCAAAAAUUAGACAAUGACAACCUUAUGGACACAACAGAACAUUGUCCGACUCACUUGUUUUGGACACGUCAUCAGGAGGGAUCAGUUGCUGCAGGAGGACAUCAUGUUUGGUGAAGGAGAGGGCCGGCAGGGCGAGGGAGACCCUUGGUGGCAUGAACCGACAACAGUAGCUGCAGUGAUGGCCUCGAACAGGCCAGUGAUCAUGAGGGUGACACAGGACCAGGCAGAGUUUCCUUCUGUUGUACGUAAGGUUACCAUGAAUCCGAGUCGACUCAGCAGCAGCUGUUUAUCUCUAUAUUGUGUUUCUGGGAAUUAUUUUCCUUUUUUAUAAUAAACUAAUGAAAAGUAGGGUGCAGAGUCUUCUGUUUUUAUCACGUUGCCAUUUAUAGAAAGCUGUAGGCAGAGUGGAUGUUCAGCCAAUUUGCAGUGUACAGCUGCACCAGUUGCUAAGGGACUGAAACAGCUCCGUACAGGUUGGUAAAUAGCUGCUGCACUGAGCUCCCCAAGUACCAACUCUGGAACGUGCCUCCCCACAGCCCAGCAACCACCUGAAGUUUCCUUCCGUGGGUAAAUGGAUAAACAGACUGGUACAGUGAUACAGUGGACUGAAUGCUGCGUUAAUUGUUGAUAUACAUAACAACGUGGAGGAAUCUCAGAGGCGUUUUGCUGAAUGAAAGAAGCCGGUCUUAAAAGGUUACAUAAUGUGUGAUUAUGUUUAUAUGAUACUAUGGAAAAGGCAGAACUAUAGUGACAAGAAUACGUCAGUGGUUGCCAGGGGUUAGGGGCGGGGCAAGGAUGUGCCAGGUAUGGUAGGACUAGAUAUAUCUUUUGAGUGAAUGAAAACCACCUCCUCCCCCACGAAUCACUGGUACCUGAAAGAUAGGGUCUACCUUCUACGUAAGCACCAUGGUAAUAACUAACGUUUAUUGGCUGCCUUUUCUUACCAAGCAUUGCGCCUUGCUCCUAAAUUCAUUAUUGCACUUCAUCCCCACAGCAAUCUCUGAGGCAGUUAUUGUUGUUAUCCCCAUUCUACAGAUACAGUCAGCAGAAAAACAAUGUAGGUGACCUGCAGGAAUAGAGAGUUAGGAGGUAGCAGAGUUGUACUUGAACCAGGCUUUUGGAUUCCAACGCCAGUGAAUUUACCCGUUACUUGAAACUCUAUCUUGUGUUAUUUGUAUUAAGAGGAUAAAAGAUUGAAGGGCCUUUUUCUUUCGUUUUCCAAAUGUAAAAUUGUAUUAUAAUGUUAAGUGUACUAUUUCAAACUCUACACAUAUGCUAGGAGAUCUAGGAAGACUCCCAGAGAGGCAUGCCUCCCCUUCCUUUGGGUGAAAAUCUUAAGCCAAAGAUACCAUCUUAUAAUUUACAUUUUUCCUCCACGUUUUUAUAAUCUUCGUACGUGUGGGCCAUAAAAUCAUAAUUCUUAGACCUUUCUGUUAUUUACAAGAGCAUAUUGUGUAUUUUUCUAAAAUUUCAGCUCUUCUUGGUUCUCUUUGAUUGUUUUUGUAAACUUAAAGAAGCUGCAUUGCCUCAAAUACCCAAAUUGUGUAGGUAAAUUAUUGCAAUGUGGUGGAAUGGCCAGCAGAUGGAGACAGAGAACAUAAAGUCAUUCAGACUCCGCAUUUUUGACAACUGUUUCCCAGGUUCGGGAACUGCAGCUCCUGUGUAUCUGAUUGCUCUCAUUAGAACACUGGUUCUCAGAGCUGGCUGCACAUUGGAAUCACCAGGAGAGCUUAAAAAAAAUACAGAUACACAGGCCACACCUCCAGAUUCUGAGUUAGGUACUAUGGGAUGUGGUCUUGGCAUUGGGAAUGUUAGAACCCGGACUAGGGAUUUUAAUGACAACUAAGUUUGAGCCCCUCUACUUUAGAACGUGCAACAAGAGUGGGUCGCAAGCUGGUGUGUUUCAGAAUCACCGGGAGAACUAGUGAAAAACAGAGACCCAGGCUGUUGUGGUCUUCAUUUGAGAACGUGUGCAUACUGAAAUGGUGAUGUUUUAAAUGUAUGUAAUUUAAAGUUAAAUAUGUCAGGACUAAAUGUGAUAAAGUCUCAUACUAGAUUCUAACAUAUCAGAGUAACUGCAGGCAUCAAAAGUUUUAAGAAAAUUUUAUAAGCGAAAAAUUUUAAUUGUGCAGAUGCUAACCAUUCACUUUAUUUUUUCUCCUGGAAAUGGAGAUGAGAUCACCUGGGCCACUCCUGCACUAACCUGCCACAGGAGCAGGUUGCCAGCACUGGGCCAGCAGGUUUCCUCCCCAGACAAGUACGGGCUACACAUGAUGCCAAGUUCCAGAAGAGUUUGUAAACUCAUGUUUAGUCGUUUUGUGAUGGAGUAUUAGGGAAAAGUAGGGCUCCUUGGCCAACGGGACUCCCAGCCUUCGUGGAAUAUGCUCCCCAAGCUGGUUUACACUUUCUUUUGCCAAAGAAAUUAUUUUAAAAUAUUUUAAUAUUAGAGUCAUCAUAGAUUAAUUUUAUAACUAGCAUUGUUGUUAGAAAAAUAAUAAAUCUGUGUUGUGGAACAUUUGGAAAAAACAAAGCAAUACGUUAAGCUAAAAUUACCCUCAUACCUUGAGAUAAUCACUAUUAACAUUUUGAUGUUUCAUUCUAGACAUUUUUUCAUGACACACAUGUAUGUGAGUAUAAGCAUAUACUAUACAGGUGGACUCAAACACUCCAGAUGUGUGUGUGUAUGUCUGUGUGUGGGUGGGUGCCUACUCCCAUAUACAUUGUGGGAAUUAGUCUACAAAAUUGUGAUCGUAAGCUAUAUACUUUUUUUGAAGACUACUAUUUUACUUAAUGUCAUGAGCUUUAAAUAUUCUUCCAAAACAUGAUUUUAAUGACUAGAUAGUUGUCUAUAGUAUUGAUAUGCCACAAUUUAACCAAUUAUCUGUUGCUGGAUGUUGUUUUCCAGUUUUUGUUGAUUUGCAUGUAACUCUAAUAAACAUUAGAAUUGUGUUUUGUUGUACACUCUGAGGCAGAAAUGUAAUUUUCUGACUUUCCAAGCAAUUAGCCAGUUGGCCCUGCACCAUUGAUCGGAUAAUCAAACCAUCCUUUCCCCGUGGGUGCUAACUGACUACAUUCUUAUCUUCCCGCGUGUCUGUGUGUGUGCGUCCUAUUCUCUUCAUCUCACUGCUCUUUGAUUCUCAUGCUAGUCCCAAAUUCUUUAAUUAUUGGCCUUUAAAACAGAAAGUUCAGCAUCAGGUGACCAACUAGACAAGAAUGUUCCUGCCCCUGGCUGCUUGACUGAAUAGGGCUUGGCAUCACCCUUUGCUUGGGAGUGUCAACUGCCGUUCGUUGUUGUCGAACAUUUAGUGUCAACAUUUACGACAAACCCUUUAUAUUCCGAAUGAAAAUGUUGUGAAGAUUGAAGAACUAGUCCUUCUUACUAACUGCAGUUGUCGUUCUUAAAAACACCCGAUACUGCGACUGUCCCUUAAGACUGGAAGGCCUCCAGAGCUAUUAAGGCAAACAGACUUCUUAUGCAAAAUGGUCCCAAAUUGCUACGCUUUUUGAGUUCUUGUGUCUGCUUUUUAGAGUUCUUGUGUCUGCUUUUUAGAACUUUCCUGUUUUCUUCCUCAGCGUCAAGUUGUCGGCUGCCACUUUUUUUUUUUUUUGGUGACGUUUUACACAGCAGUUUAAGUUCCCAUUCAACAAUUUCUACACAAGUUGUUCAGUGACACUGAUUAUAUUUGGAACAUUUUGUGUGAACAUUCUCCUUAUUUCCGUUCUGGUUGUAAAAAAAAAAAAAAGAUUUUUUUUUUUUUGGUCUCAUUUCCAUUAAUCUUGUUUCCCUGCUCCCUUACGUUCUCAUCUUUCUUUUAAAGUAAUUGUUGACUGGUCUUAUAUAGGUGGGUUUUUUAAAGGUCACUACUUUUGGUUAGUAUUAUUUUGUGAGCCAGUUUGUUAUUUAGCUACAAGGUGGCAUUGGGUUCGUUUCGAAUCAAGAUUGAGAGAGUAUCUCAGGGCAGUAGUUUCAAAGGAGUCCUCCAGUCUCAACCAGUUCAGUAGAUCUGAUUUUUUUGUUUGUUUGCUUGUUUUUUUAUGAAUUUGAAGUUCUGGUCCACAUUUUUCUCCCAUUCUAUUAGGUUCAUUUAUUGUGGCCCAGAUUAGAACGGUCGGUAGUGGUAGCCGAGCACCAUCUAGUUCUGGUCUCAGGGUAGAGGAGGCAGUGGUUUGUGUAGACUAUUUGUCCUGUAAACUAGUUUUUUCUUUGAGUCUUUGGUUUCCUUCUUUUCUCUUUUGCUUGAGUCAGCCGUCAGUUCUUGCUAGUAUUCACCACCUGCCUCCGUCAGCCCUCUUUAUUACAAUUUUCUGUUUCUAAUCAUCUGUGGGUUGCAAACCCUAAUAAUAAAGCUUAGUGGUGGUAUUAGUUGCUACCAUGUAUUAAGUGCCUAUUUUAUACCAGGCCCUGUGCUAGACAUUUAUUUAACCUCUAAUCCUUGCUGUUAAAUAGAUACUAUUAGUCUCAUUUUGUAGAGAUGAGAAAAUUUUAGAAGCAAAUUAUGAUAGAAUUGUGUCUAAAAUGAGGGUGUAUAGACCAUAUGUCAAGUGCUUGACAGAUUCACCUCUGAGAAAAGCCUUAGUGCAAGGAGGGAGAAGGGAGAAAACAGAAACCUAAUGGCACAGAAACCCUAAGUGGAAGGAUUAGGACAAAGGGAGAGGAGUCAGUGGAGAAGGAGCUGGAAAAUGGCAGGGGACCACUGAUGGAGUGAGAUUUUGGAGGUGACGAGAAGGGAUUAGAUCAAGAGUUGAAGUGGAGGCAUUUGUAAGAAAAAGGGAACAUCCAUUCCUCUGAGUCAGGUGAGAAGGAAGAGAAGCUAGGUAAAAAAAAAAAAAAAGCAGAGAAAUAUGGGGUACAAGCAAAGGGACUGGUCACAGAUAUUUUGUAGGAGAGAGGAGGAAAAUGUUUGGCGUCAUUGAGCUCUGAGGUAAGAGUUCCACCUUGGCUCCGACAGUUCACUUAUUGUCCACAGUGGUAGCUGGCUCAAUAAUGACCCUUUAUGGGCUGCACCACCUCCCCUCCCCUCUGGGAUCACUUCUCAAAUAAGCUGCUUGCAUUCAAAUCCUUCUCUCAGAGUCAGUUUCUGGAGGAACCCCAACCAAGACAGCAUCAAUGCAAAUAGUUUUACCCACCACUUCCCAAGUCUACGUUUUUAGCCCUGAAUUCAGGUCUUAUAUUUUCAGCUACCUAUGGGCGUUUCUACUUGGAUGUGUCUAUAGACUAUUUCUUAAAUUUUUGUGUGUGAUUAUCUAACCCUGGGGUUUGGAAGGAAAACAAUAUAGCCUUUGAACUAGGAACUUUUCUGCAGAAAUUUUGUUGUAAUUUUCUUGGAAAGAAGCAAGGGUUAUACCAACUACAUUAAAGGUUCAGAUAGUAUGCCUUAAUGUAAAAUAUAUCCUGAAUCAAAGAUAACUAAUUAGCAAGACCUAGCAAGGAAAAAAAAAAGUUUUCACAUAUUAAACUUGUUUUCCUGAGUAAAGUAAAACAGUUAAGCUAAUGGUACCUACAUACUCCUCUGAAUAUGAUUUCCUAGGAAAAUAAGCUAAUAAAUAAUAAGCCCCUCACUUCUUAUAGAGCUGGGAAGAGUAGACUCUGUUCUGACAGACAGGUGAAGGGGGAGAGGGACAGAGGAAGGAAGAAUCAGGGAAAGUCUGGCCCUGGUCAUUGACAGGGGCUGUUGGAAUUGGUGUAGUAUCCACCCAGUUAAGAUAAUGUCCCAACACCCAUUGUUAUGUCACCAGCUCUCCCAGAGCAGGAAAAAUGCAACCCCACCCAGCAGAGCCAAGGUUUAGGAAACCAUUAAUGUGAUAGCCACUGCAAAUCCCAUCCAACCAGGGGAACAUGCCAGUCCAUGACAAUGUCCUCUUCUGAGACCAGGAAGGAGACAGUGGGGGAUUGGGAAAUAGGUGCCAUUUCCUUCUUUGUCCAUACCAAAGUCAAACCUGAUGCUGCUGAGUCAAUUCCGAUUCAUAGUGACCAUAUAGGACAGGGUAGAACUGCCCUGUAGGGUUUCCAAGGAGCAGCUGGUGGAUUCAAACUGCCACCUUUUGCUCAGCAGCUGAGCUCUUAACGACUGCAUUACCAGGGCUACUCUUUGUCCGUAGCACCUUCUUUAUUGAGUGCCUGGUAUAAAAAUUGUUUAAUUAAAACAGAACUUGGAAGUGGGUGAGGGAGAACUGAAGUGGGCUGCUUAUAAAUGACUGAAGCUCUCCUGGAAGCUGUUCUGUUACUGUCCUUCCCCUCAACAUGUUCAUCCAGUCAGCAGGAUGAUACGGUAAGGAGAUCCUGGACUUAGAGGUCAAUCAGACUUGGAUUUGAAUCUAGCGGUGCAGCUUUGGGCAAGGAACUUACCUCUCUAACCACCUGUUCUGUGCCAAAGCACCUCACCUGUAUUAUCUAAUCUUCCCAACAACCCUCUGAGGUGAAUUAUAGUAUUCCCAUUUUUUUGGAUUCCAAAAGUGAAGCUCCAAGAGAUUAAGUAACUUGUCCAAGAUCACAUAGCUAGUAAAUUGCCAAGCCAGGAUCUGAGCCCAGGUGGAUUCACCUACAAAACCUAUGCUCUUUCCACUGCACUACCCCACCUCCCACUGAGCCUGUUUCCUUGUCUGUAACCCUGGGUUACUAAUAUCCACUCACUUAUCAUUGUAAGGACUGAGUUAGAUCAUAAUAGCUAUAAUUUAAGACACUCUGUUCUCCCCAACAAUUGUAUGAAGUAGAUAUUAUCCCAUUACACAGUUGAAAAAACUAAGGCUUAGAGAGAUCAAGGUAAUUUGUGUGACUCAUUAAUUGCUCCUCCUAAGGGCAGAGGCACUGCCUCCUUCCCGUUGGUACUACCCUUCCUGUGUGUAUUAGUUGCUCAAUGUAUGUUUGUUGAAAUCUCUUUUAUAUACACAAUAGAAUCCAGCACAGUGCCAGGAGCUUUGUGAUUGUUAAAAACAAGUUACCAAAUUGAAUUAACAAAGGCAGGUUUGUUUAGUCAGUGUAACUGUUAAAAUAUGUAAGAACUAUUCAUUUAAAGCACACAGAUUUUUUUUAAUUAACUUUUAUUAAGCUUCAAGUGAACAUUUACCAUUCCCAUCAGUCUGUCACAUGUAAGUUUACAUACAUCUUACUCCCUUCUACCACUUGCUCUCCCCCUAUUGAGUCAGCCCUUUCAGUUUCUCGUUUCGUGCCAAUUUUGCCAUCUUCCCUCUCUCUCUAUCUUCCCAUCCCCCCUCCAGACAAGAGUUGCCAACACACUCUCCAGUGUCCACCUGAUUUAAUUAGCUCACUCUUCAUCAGCAUCUCUCUCCCCCCUGCUGACCAGUCCCUUUCAUGUCUGAUGAGUUGUCUUCGGGGAUGGUUCCUGUCCUGUGCCAACAGAAGGUCUGGGGAGCAUUGCCGCCGGGA